AUGGUGGGAGGAGUCGCACUCUGGGUCCGAAUGCAAGAGGCGCACUUGAGCAAAUACGUGCGCAAAAACGGUGACUGCGAGAGUGUCUGGCGCGUCAUGAGAGGGUUGAAGGAACAAAAAACUAACGAGGUUGUAGAGGAGCCCUACUCGGAUAUACUGCCACAGGAGUUGGUCGAUCGUCUCUCUGCGCCCGAGACGGGGGAUCCGGCGUUGUUAGAGGAGCUGAGCAAGUUGGUCGAGGACAACAGGGUCUUCAAGGAAGAUAUGCUUGCCCUGUUGAAUUAUCUGGCCUCGGAUCAGUGUGUGCAUGGAUACUGUAACCUCGUUGCCAGUUAUGAAGCCUGA